AUGUCGCUCGAUACCGGUUCAUCAAAUUCCAGUUUUAGCAGAAAUGCCAGUUUUAGCAGUGUUAGUUCAACAAGAAUAAGUACAAAGAGUAGUGAUGUUGAACGAAUGUCAGAGUGCAACUUUUAUCGAAACCUGUGGUGGGAUAAGGGAGAAUUUAGCGACAAAGCAAAGUGGGAAGAAGUAGCUCUGCCGUAUGUGCUUGCCACGGGCGUUACCAUAGAAGAAUAUGAACAACGUACAGAAAAGUUUUCCAUUCAUGGAUGUUGGGAAUGGCGGGAGGAAAAAGUCAUAAUCUAUGAAUUUCCUUCUGCACCACAUGAAGUUUGCAUCGGCGCAAUCGUUAAGGAAAUAAUUAAACGUUGCAGUAAUAUUGAUGGAACUAAUGCAGAGAUUAUAAGUUUUGGUGCUACUAGAACACGCGACAUAAACCGUGGAAAAGAAGCUGACUCAUCAUUUCGCCCGGAUAAACCACUUGUAACUCCACCAAAUGGGAGCGAUAGAAAUGAUUUUCCUUGGCCAAACUUAGUUGUAGAAGUAGCUUAUUCCGAAACAUUAGAUCACGUCGAAGAAGCAUUGUGCUACUGGUUAAGUCCUGGUCGCGCCCAUGAUUGUAUUAUUGUAAAAAUAGAUCCGGUUCCCCAAGGUGAAGUGCCUGUCCGUAUGAGAGCUUGGCACUACUGUGUAUCAGAUAGAAGAACUAGAAGUAAUAUUCCAGCUAGAACCAUGUUUGAAUUUGGAACACAGAAUGGCACUGGAGCACCAUUGAAUAUCUUGCAAGGUCAAUGCAUUAUAAAUAUUUCACUAGAUUGUCUCUAUUUUGAUGCGGAGCCUACUAUUCAAAAACCCCGAGAUCUUCUACCUGAUCCUAUUACAAUUGACUUCUUUUUUGUUCGACAUGCAUUUAAGGAAGAAAAAACUGAAAUUCCUGAACUUAGAGAGAAGCUACUAAGAUUUGCUGAGGUUGAGGCUGAGAAUGUGAGGUUGAAGCAAAUUAUUGAAGAGAAUGCAAGACGUGAUGCUGAGAAUGCUGAACUCAAGUCUAGAGUCAGAGAGCUUGAGACUAGACUUGCAUUAUUAGAACAGGGUUCAGCAGUGAAUGGGAUGACAUUGUCAUUUGGUCAAACACAAAACGAUGAAGAAAAAAGCAACCUUAUUGCUAAAUUAGAUGAUACUGCAUCUUACAAAAUGAAUUCUAAUAAUACCCCUGAACAGAUAGAAAAUAUAUCUAAUAAUAUUUCUAAUUCUGAUGUAUAUCAAGAGUCAAAUAUUCAAUACUCUGAAUCACUUAUUCAUACAGAGUCUAGAUCUUCUAAAGAUAAAGAGAUCGAAUUUUUGGAUCAGGUACAUAAAGAAACUGUUAGUAUUGAAAUAAGAGAAAGAAAUCGGAAAAAAAAGCUAUUACAAACUAACAAUACUUCUAUUUCUCAAGCUGAAAAUUUAUCUUCAGUUAAUGCAUCCAAGUUACCAGUUAUUAUCAAGUUGGAUAAAAAUCUAAUUACAGAACAGGAAUUAAAACAACAACUGUCAACAUCUAUACCUAUUUCCAUAAUCUCAGAUCAGAUUCAAGAUCAAGACUUAUCUUCAGUUACAACAGAAAUAAUAGAAAAAAUUAAACUAGUUUCUUAUAAUGCAGAUGCUAUCUCAAGUCUCAGCUACCAACAAAUUCAAAAUAUUAUAGAUUAUAUAACAGAAAACCAUGAAGAUUUUCUUCACAAUCAGAGUCAUGUGACUUCAAAAAUUCAUCUGACUAAUACAUAUAUUCCUCUGAAAGCACCUCAAUCUAAGCCAACUUAUGAUCGAUCCUAUUUUCAUAGCAAAACAUUGGAUCAAUAUCCUAAUUUAUAUCAAGAAGAUCAUAAUGAUGAAAAUGAUAUAAAAGACAAAUAUGAAAUUGGAUCUUAUAAUCUUAAAUGUGAACAAUGUGGAAUUAAAAUUAAGAUAAACUCUGAAACUUUUGAGUCUUCACAAAUCGAAAAAGAUGCUGAAAAAAAGACAUUAUUUGUAUCACAGAUAAAUGUUCUACCUAUAUUAUUCAAACUUUGA